UGUAUAUUGUCAGUCAAUCAUCAAAUAUGGCAAGUCUAACAUAAAAACUACAUGCUGGUAAUUUUCUAUUAAUGGAAUCUUUGAAUAUAAUAGUAAAGCAAACAUCUACACAAUUUCUAUAAUUUUUUUCUUUUUAAAUCCGCGUAAUGCCUCCAACCGUUGCUAACGGUUGAUUUUGAAGAGACAUGUCCUUGAGCAACCAUUUUAUUCAACAAUGGCUACAGCCUCUCUUACUCUCCUUCAGCAAUGUAUCCUUCAACAUCAUCUGCAGCGGCAACAGAUUCCAUGAAAGCGGCAGCCAAUAUCCCCCGUCCCACAACUGCCGCCGACAAUUUCCAAUCUCCAGGCCCGUGGUCCACUGGUCUCUGCGACUGCUGCCAGGAUGUUAGCAGUUGUUGCUUGACGUGCUGGUGUCCCUGCAUUACCUUCGGACGAAUUGCGGAGAUGGUUGACAGAGGAUCUACUGCCUGUGGAGUGAGUGGAGCACUGUACAUGUUGAUGCUGUGUUUGACGGGUUGCUCGUGCUUGUACUCGUGCUUCUACCGAUCGAAGUUGAGGGGCCAAUAUUUCUUGGAGGAAAGUCCUUGCACCGAUUGUUGUGUCCAUUGUUGCUGCGAGGAAUGUGCCUUGUGUCAAGAGUAUAGAGAGCUCAAGAACCUUGGCUUCGACAUGACAAUAGGGUGGCAUGGGAACAUGGAAAGGCAGAAACGAAUGGCAGCAAAUUCAAUGGCUCCUGUAGUUGAUGGAAUGACUAGAUAGAACUCUGCUUUUAUAUUUUUAUCUUUAUUGCUUAGUUAUUAUCGUUUGAAUAUAAUCAAGAAAAUUUUGUUUUA